GGAGGGAUGAGGGUGGCACGGAAGAGGGCUGCUGGUUGCUCUAGCCACCAGUUCAUGAUUCCCGCUAUCUCGCCGCGGAGGACGAUCCUCCGAGACCCGUUCUGAACAUGUCUGCCGUCAGAUUGCCGUACUUCAAGACGAAGGUCGAGGUGCGACCCGUGUUCGACCAAUCUAGAAGAACAAAACACCGGCAUAACCAUCAAUGUUCGAAGGUUUUGGCGGAUUUCUGGGGUCGGCGUUGGACCCCCCUCCUUACAUUCUUGUCGGCGCCUCCGCUGGCUUGGGAUAGGGUGGAGGGAGGGAGGGCCCGACGCGGGCCCAUGGAUUCUGCUCGGAUCUACGAAGGUUGUUGCUAUGCUUGCGCGUGUUUCUUGUUCUUCUGCAAUCGGUGCAUUCCACGGCGGUCGUCAAAACUCCUCCGCUGAAUCGCCUGCGCGUCUUCCCGGAGUUGGAGGUCUAUCAGCCAUACCUGUAUGCCUCCGACUUCUGGUUGUUGGAGAAAGACUACGUGCGGCUCAACAGUUCACUGCAUAAUACCACCCUGAAUCUCAGCCUGUCGUACACCGUCGCCAGCAUGAUGGCGUGGAGCAUGCAGGCACAGAUGGUGGAGCAGUGGGGCAAACCCUCGGAUUUCCAAUUGUCAGACCCGCAGAGUGACUCUUUCAUGCUCAAGAGGUUGAUCUUGGACACCAAUCCGUAUUUCCUCGCCUUCAGUGGUUGCUUCAUCGCGCUUCACAUGUUGUUCUCGAUGCUAGCGUUCAAGAACGACGUUCAGUUUUGGAGAAACAACGAGUCCAUGGAAGGGCUGUCGGCCCGGAGCAUGAUAGUGUCUUUCGUUUGCCAGUUGAUCCAAUGUCUUUAUCUCUUGGACUCGCAAGAGGCUUCUCGUCUAAUCCUCUUCCAAAUUGUCUUGGAGCUGGCGUUAGCCACAUGGAAACUCCGCAAGGCGGUGAAUCUAGAGCUGAAGCCGAACUUCCCUUUCAUUUCAAUGGGGAGCCAGGCUGGAUAUGAGAGCGCCGGCACCAACAAGUACGACGAGGAAGCAACUCACUACAUGUUUUCUGUGUUGACUCCAGUCUUCGUAGGAUACGUUAUUUGGUCAGCCGUCUAUGGUAAGCAUCGUGGCUGGUACUCCUUCUUCGUGAGGUCGGCGGCCGGCGGCAUGUACACCUUCGGCUUCAUCAUGAUGACCCCGCAGCUCUACAUCAACUACAAGCUGCAGUCAGUUGACCACCUACCAUGGCGAGCGCUGACCUACAAGGCAAUGAACACUUUCGUCGACGACGUCGCCGCGUUUCUCAUCGAUAUGCCGAUGAUGCACCGGCUUAGUUGCUUGCGCGACGACGUAAUAUUCUUCAUUUACAUCUACCAGAGGUGGAAAUACAGGGUCGACAAGACCCGCCCAUCGGCGUGGGUGGACUCUUCUCCCGAGGUCAAGGGCGGAAGCAGGUCCUGACCCCCAUCACCCGUAUUUGCCGAAUGGCCCCGUGCCUUCACAAGACGGCCCAGCCAUACAGCAUACUGAAAAAUCACGGCCGGAGCCCCGGACCCCGUGUUUCUGCCAAACUUUUCGAGCCGGAUCGGGUCCCAGGGCCCGAAACGGCGAAAACGCCCGUCUCAAAACAAUCGAGACGCCAGGACCCGCUGCAUUGUUCUUCGAGGAGCGUUUGUUUUGUUAAAGGCCUCGGCUGUUCUAGGCCUCCCAGAUGGGGUCCCAGUGGAUGAGGUCGGGGGAUCGCACCGCAUCGUUGAUGCAUCGCCGAUGCAGCUCGAUGUGCAGGCCGAUUUGCUUCACGCCG